GGGAAAUGCUGGCAUUUAAAGUCCAGCAGGUGGAAGGGCCGGGACAGGAACGCCUGGGUCCCUCAGAGCGUCUGCAGGCAUGACGGGGUCCGGUGGGGGCCUCGGGGCCUGGGGGAGCCUGCUGCUGCUGCUGGGCCUGUGCAGCUGGUCAGGGGCCCAGGCAGCUGACCCCAACCAUGUCAGGAACCUGACAGUGGAGGGUCAGACCACCAGCUCCAUCAGCCUGCGCUGGGAGGUCCCCGAUGGACCAAACCCUCAGAACUAUACCUACUGGGUGCAGUGGCCUGGAGAUGGUGACAAAAAUGAGACCCGAAACACGACAGACACCAGUUACACAGUGGAGGGACUUCAAGCGGCAUCCUCGUAUGAGUUUUCCGUGUGGGCGGAGAAGAAUGGAGUCUCCAGCUCUCCAGUGACCCUCCUGGCAUCCACAGCCCCCAACCAAGUCAGGAACCUGACAGUGGAGGGUCAGACCACCAGCUCCAUCAGCCUGCACUGGGAGGCACCCGAUGGACCUGCCCUGAAUUACACCUACUGGGUCCAGUGGACUGGAGAGGGGGACAAAAAUGGAACCCAAAACACAGCAGACACCAGUUUCACAGCAAAGGGAUUGGACCCCGAGUCCUCAUACCGAUUUUCCGUGUGGGUGGAGGCAGGUAGACUCAACAGCUCCCAGGAGACCAUCAAUGCUACCACAGCCCCCAACCCUGUCAGGGACCUGACAGUGGUGGCUCAAAACAACAGCUCCAUCAGCCUGCGCUGGGAGGCGCCCGAUGGACCAAAUCCUCAGAACUACAGAUAUCGGGUGCAGUGGCCUGGAGACGGUGACAAAAAUGAGACCCGAAACACAACAGACACCAGUCACACAGUGGAGGGACUUCAAGCGGCAUCCUCGUAUGAGUUUUCCGUGUGGGCGGAGAAGAAUGGAGUCUCUAGCUCUCCAGUGACCCUCCUGGCAUCCACAGCCCCCAACCAAGUCAGGAACCUGACAGUGGAGGGUCAGACCACCAGCUCCAUCAGCCUGCACUGGGAGGCACCCGAUGGACCAAACCCUCAGACCUACACCUACUGGGUGUCAUGGAUCCAGGAGAACAGGACUGGUGCUCUGAACCUUAGCACCACAAAGACCAGGUUCACGCUGAAGGACGUGGAGGCUGGGAGCCUGUUCACCUUCACCAUCUGGGUGGAGAGGAAUGGGGUCCACAGUGACAUUGAGACUCUCACUGGGGCCACUGCUCCCAGUGAGGUCACAGCUCUGCAGAAGGAAACUCAGACCAACAACUCCAUCACCCUGCGGUGGGAGGCCCCCCCAGACCCCCGCUUCCACCUCUACAUGUACGUGGUCCAGUGGGCUAGUGCGGGGCUUCCCCAGAGGGACCGAGAUCCCCAAGGAUAUCGAGCCUACCAGACAGGCAGGACCAACGAGACUUCGUAUGAGGUGCAGGGCCUGGAACCCGGGACUCUGUACAACUUCAGCGUGUGGGCAGAGAGAAGCGAUGUAGCCAGUUCCGCACAGAGCCUUAGUGCGUCCACAGACCCGAACCCUGUCACCAUCACCUCCUGCGUUGGCACCUCGGGGGGCUAUGGGGUCCUCCUGACCUGGUCCUGCCCCCUGGGAGGCUUUGAGGCCUUUGAGCUGCAGGUGGGCGGGCAGCAGAGCUCCCAGGACAGAUCCUCCUGCGAAAGGGGUGUGUCGGUGUUCGGUCUGCAGCCCGCCCAGUCCUACCCGGCCACCGUCACCACCGUCUGGGCUGGAAUGCGGGCCCCACCUGCCGCCGUGACCUGCCACACCCAGAGUGCCGGGGUCAUUGCCGGGUCCAUCGUUGGUGUCCUUCUGUUCCUCGUGCUGGUGUGCCUGCUGAUUUUCUUCCUGAGGAAGAGGCGUAGAAAGAGCCGGAAGGACUCAGCAUCCAGCUUUCAAGAGGACAUCCCGGCGGGUGCCUUUGCUGACCACGUCAAGAAAAACGAGAAGGACAGCAACUGUGGCUUUGCUGAGGAGUACCAGCGUCUGGCCCUGGAGAGCCAAGGCCAGCCUCAGACGGUGGCCUCAGCUCCGGAGAACUGCGCCAAGAACCGCUACAGAAAUGUGCUGCCCUAUGACUGGUCCCGGGUGCCCCUGAAGUCCCUGCCGGGGGAGCCAGGCUCCGACUACAUCAACGCCAGCUUCUUGCCGGGUCUCUGGAGCCCCCAGGAGUUCAUUGCCACCCAGGGUCCCUUACCCCAGACGGUGGGUGACUUCUGGCGCCUGGUGUGGGAGCAGAAAAGCCACACCCUGGUCAUGCUCACCAACUGCGUGGAGUUCGGUCGGGUGAAGUGCGAGCAUUAUUGGCCUCUCGAUGCUGAGCCCUGCACCCAUGGGCACCUGCAAGUGACCCUGGAGGGGGAGGAGGAGAUGGAGAACUGGACAGUCCGAAAGCUGAAGCUGUGCCAUACACAGGAGCAGAAGACUCUGUCCGUGAGACAAUUCCACUACGUGGCCUGGCCAGAUCACGGCGUCCCCCACACCCCAGACCCCUUGCUGGCCUUCUGGAAGAUGCUCAGGCGGUGGCUGGACCAGAAUCCCGGGGGAGGCCCCCCCAUUGUGCACUGCAGCGCUGGUGUGGGCCGCACGGGCACACUCAUCGCCCUGGACGUCCUGCUGCGGCAGCUGGAGUGUGAGGGUGCUGUGGGGCCCUUCAGCUACGUGAGGAAGAUGCGGGAAAGCCGGCCCCUGAUGGUGCAGACCGAGGCCCAGUACGUGUUCCUGCACCAGUGCAUCCUGCGGUUCCUCCAGCAGUCGUCCCCAGCACCAGCCCAGAAGGGGGCCAUCUAUGAGAACUUGAUGUUUAAGAAUGAGGCAGCCCACUAGGGGAAGCUGAGCUGCAGGGCACUGCGACCCCAGCCCAGCUAGACUCAAGCUCUGGAUGCAGGCUGCAGCCCCGAUUCCUGGACCCCCGGGAGAGCAGAGGACUAGGCUCCCAGUCUCCUGGGCCGGGAGGAGGGCUGGCAGCCCUGGGGGAGAGAGGUCAGGUGGGAGCUGGGGUCCUGUUUCCUUGAAGGAGGGGAGGCAUGGGGGCUAAGAUGCCCUAGUUCUUAGAGGAGAGGCCAGUGGCUCGGCUGCAGGGUCUCAUGGAAACAAGCUGGAUUCUGAGAAAGGAAGGAAUAAGGCUCUGGGAUUCUGGCUGCCCAAGGAGCAAGUUAGACAGAAACCUCCCCAUGUUUUACUCUAGAAACCAAAUCUUCCAGGAUCUCAUGUCUCGCUGCACCUACUGCCUGUAUACUUUUCCUCUAUCCUGUAAUUUAUUAAAUAACUAUUUUCUGCAGAGAUA